AUGAACCCUAAUCCUCCAUUCUAUGUCGCGAAGUCUGUGGGGAUCAAUAUAGAUGUGAUUGAUCUGUUGGGUAUUGAAAUUGGAGGAUCUGAAAAUAAGGCCAAAUACUUCGUAGCCUUUGUUAAGCAAAAAUUCGGUCAAGUAGGAGCCAUCUUGGCCUGUAAUGCCUGUGAGCAAGGCGAUUUUGUGGGUUCCUCAUCAUUGGAGGGCGAUCAAGUUCUUGAUAGCUCGUGUUCUUUAUCUGUGGUGAGUGAUACUAGUAGCAUAUGUGGUGAUGAACUAUUGGGUUUCGAGAUCAAUUCUGAAACAGGAAUACCAAAUUUCGUAGAUAUUGAUCCUAUUGCAAAAACCAGAGAUUUGGGAGAGCCAAUUGUUAAUGGGAUUGUGGUUGAUUCUCUAUCUCUAGCUGUAGAUGAAGGGAAAAAUAUUGUAGAUGGUGCAAACUCAAAGUCUUCUACAGUUGUUGUUCAGUUGGAGAAAGGGUUAAGUGGAAGAGCGAGCCACAGCAUUUUUGAGGUCGAUUAUGUACCUCUCUGGGGACUAACGUCUAUUUGUGGCCAAAGAAGGAAAAGGAGAUGA